AAGGACUUGGUUAAAUGGUUAAAAUUGUGCCUUGGAAAUCAGAUACAGCUGAAAUGGGAUAUUUUGAGUGGAUUAGGUGUAACAUUGAGCUAAUGGGCUCAAAAGGAAUGAAAUAUUUUAGGAGCUUAUAAAAAUAUGAGAAAUGUUGUUUGGAUUAUAUUAUGUAAAGGGAACAUUUAGGUUAUGUAUCAUAUGCGAAUAGAUUUUUAGGGGCAAUAAACAGUGUUCAAAAAUUCGCGAGGAAAUUUUAAAAUGGCAAGGGAAAACUUAAGCCAAUGUGGACAUACAAUUUAGAAAUACACUCAAAGCACAGAGUUUAAGCAAAGACUUUAUCUUUUAAGAAGCCCAAUCAAAUGAAUGGAGGGGUAUUAAAAUAUAAGAGGUAUUAAAAACUUAAAAGGUAUUCAAAUUGAAUUAAAAGGAAAUCAUGCGAUUUAGAAAAAGCUGCUAAAAUGAAUUGAAGACUAGACUAGUAUUGGAGGUGAUCCUAGUAUACGAGUUCAUAUCCACUCUUGGAUGCAUGGCAUGGUGUAAAAGUCUGGAUGUAAAAGAGCAAAAUGAAUGAAUGAGCCAGUCUCACUCAACUGUGUCAAUUUACGACUAUAAAUUACAGAUGUCUGAAGGGCAAGGAAAUUCAAAACUGAUGCCAUUAAAAAUUUGAGACAUUAAAAUCAUAAAGGAACAAAGAGAAAACACGGUCUUGGUCACCUAUAAUCAGGUCACCUUCUCAAGCAUGGAGGCAAAUGGAUUGUGUUCAAAAUAACCUUGUGAUAUAUUGCUGUGUUGGCUGUCCAGUAUAAACCAAGAGACCUUUAGAGAGACACUGUAAAAGUAUGAGGAGUUUUUGUAUAUAACAAAGUUGCAAUAUGAAGAGAGACUGUUAUGGAACAUUUAGACAAUAAUUGCAAUUCAAGCCAUGAUUUCUUGCAUUACACCAUAGUCCAACAGCAUCAGGCAUACCAUGCAGAGGGGACAUUGUAUGACCAGUCAAACUUUAGUCCUUCAGUGACAUCUGCUUGUGAACAGAAUAGAACAGUCACAGUCGGGGUGAAGUUAUCCAAGGCUGUCUUAGUUGGAGAUGUUGCUGUUGGAAAGACAUGCUUUGUUAAUAGGUUCUGCCAUGACAUAUUUGAUAGGGACUACAAAGCAACUAUAGGAGUAGACUUUGAAGUAGAGAAGUUUAGUGUGCUCGGAGUGCCAUUUAACCUACAAAUCUGGGAUACUGCUGGUCAGGAAAGGUUUAAAUGCAUAGCUGCUUCCUACUACAGAGGUGCUAAUGUUGUGAUAGUUUGCUUUGACAUGAGCAACAUUCAUUCCCUGACACACGUGCAAAAGUGGAAAGAGGACGCGUGUGAUAAUGCCAAAGAUCCCAUAGUAUUUUUAGUCGGUACCAAGAAAGAUUUAAUUAAUGAACAUACUUUCUUAGAUGUGGAAAGGAAAGCAAUAGACAUGGCAACUGAAAUCCAAGCAGAAUUCUGGCCAAUAUCUUCUAAGACAGGAGAGAAUGUAAAGGAACUGUUCUUCAGGCUGGUUGGAUUGACAUUUGAUAAAGCCGUCCUCGAUGAAUUAGAUGCAAAUAAAGGACCAAGUAAACAAAUAGGAACUAUAUCCAUAUCAAACAAAGAUGUUUACGAGAAGAAAGAAAAGAAGAAAUGCUGCUGAUCCUUACAAAAAUUACAAACAACAACAAAAAACAAACAGCUGUCAACAGUUCCAACAUAUCAACAAUAAUAUGGCUGCCAAUACA